CAUCAUAAAAUCUCCUACCCGCAUGUCGACAUCCCACAAGGGUACAACCGGUUAGCCUAAGUCAUUUACCACGCGUAUCGUAGCUAAACUCCAUAUUGGCCAAAACCUGAUCCCGCGGGGACGACUUCUUCCGUCCGAGAAACAUAUAUGCCGAGCCAAAAUAUGGCUUCCUGGAAACCUUCUAUCCUACCUCCUUCGAGUGCGGAUUCUGAGACGAGAUGUACGCUUCUGGACUGUUUGCAUUGUUGGCCUGUCUAAGUCUUUCGACAGCACAAGCGCCUGCAACGCAAGACUUGAGCGGUGUCUCCCUUGCGCAACUGGCUUACGGUGGAAGUGGGUGUCCCCAAGGAUCGUUGAAAUUUGCCGAAUUGAUCACUCCGUGGAGAUUUGUGUCAAUUACAGACGGAUUCACGGCUGCCGUGGGAUCCAAUGCUUCUGUCACUGAUCAGCGCAAAGCAUGCCAGAUCAACAUCUCCUUGAACUAUCCAGCGGGCCUCCAAUUCACACUUGUGAAUAGUACGUACAGUGGAUACGCGAAUUUGGGAUAUGGGGUGAAUGGAACACACAAUCUGAGCAUGUAUUUCAGUGGCUCAAGUGAGCAAAAGGCCUUCCCGGAUACUUUGCAAGGAACACUCGACGAAAAGUUUACCGUCUACAAGUUGACGCACCUCGAAACAACAGAUGUUUGGUCUCCCUGUGGUGCACCCUCGCCGCUGAAUGUCGUCAAUGAGCUUAGUGUCACGCAAACAGGAACUGGAAGUCUGUAUGAUUCUGGUAUCAUGGAUCUUGCUUUCCUUUGGAGGACGUGCUAGCGUUGACGAGGGUUUGCAAGUGGAUGGAGGUAACAUGGCAACAAUUGUACAUUAGAAUAAUAGUUGGUCGGUGCC